GCCGCGGAAGUGGAGGAGGAGGAGGAGCAGCAGCAGCAGCAGCAGCAGGAGGAGGAGGAUUGCCAAGGGAAAGGAUGGAGGCGGUGGUGUUCGUCUUCUCCCUCAUCGACUGCUGCGCUCUCAUCUUCCUCUCCGUUUACUUCAUAAUUACACUCUCUGAUUUAGAAUGUGACUACAUCAAUGCGAGAUCUUGUUGCUCAAAAUUAAACAAGUGGGUGGUCCCAGAAUUGAUCGGCCACACUGCUGUCAGUGUACUGAUGCUCAUUUCCUUGCACUGGUUCAUCUUCCUCCUCAACUUGCCUGUGGCAACAUGGAACAUCUAUCGGUUCAUUAUGGUUCCAAGUGGUAACAUGGGGGUGUUUGAUCCUACAGAGAUCCACAACAGAGGGCAGCUGAAGUCACAUAUGAAAGAAGCCAUGAUCAAACUUGGCUUUCACUUGCUCUGUUUCUUCAUGUACCUUUACAGUAUGAUUUUGGCUUUGAUAAAUGACUGAAGCUGGAAGGAAAUACCACACAUGGAGUUGACACUACAGCGAACAUCUGAGAAGCCAGAGACGACUUACACCGUACCUAGAACAAUGUCCAAUAAGCAGUAUAUUUUUUUCUCUGAAUAAAAAACUAUUUUUGCUGUAUUUUUACCACAUAAAGUAUUUAAAAAACCAUGAGUUUUUGUAGAUUUCUGGUUCUUGUUUUCAAACUCAGCCCAGUGUAAGUGCCAUUGACCAAUGCUCUCCUGUUUGUUGAAAACACUGAAUGUUUGAAGGCUGAGCACUGCCCCUGGAUUACUGCCCACCAAAGAAAAGAACAAGUGACAUACUUCUUGGCUUAGAGCUGCCCACCAUGUGUGUACUGAAGAGCCAUCUUUCACAUGAGUUGGCUAAGAAUGGAGAAAGUUAGUUGUCUUGCCUACAUGGCCAGAUCUCCAAACAUACUUUUCCUGUAAGACACUCAGGACUAUCAUUUUUUAUACAAAGUUGAAGUGACAUUUCAACACUAUCCUUUCAUUGAAGAGGCUGUGAAAAUUGAAUUGUGUAGGUAAAUGUAAUUUUUGUUGUAGAGAUGGGUGAAAUAAAUACUGAGCAAAGAGA